UGUUGUGCCGGAAGCCUUGCGCAGAGCUGCAGUCUGACCAGCCCACCCGACUGCUUGCACCAACGCCAACGCCAACGUGCGACUCGAACAAUGACAACCACGAGAUUGUAGCCAUGACAGCGAAUGUCCUGUGACAACGCAUUGCAGCGAUUUCACGCAAGCCUUCUCUUCCCCAAAGAGUCAUCCGAGCUUGAGGCAAGCUAAGCUCACUCUCGCCAUGAGGAUACGGCUUCCCUUUGCAGGCGUCUUCGCCGUGCUGCUGGUCCUCGCCGGCUACGCGGGCCUCUCGUCGAUCCAGCUCGACGACACGGGCCUGCCCGUCAACGACAAGGUGCUGCACCUGCUCACCUUCUUCGCCCUGACCAUCGCCUUCUACUGGGUCAUCGACACGACCCGGCGGCGCACCCUCCACCUGACGCUGCUGGUGUGCACCCUCGGCCUCGGCUGCGGCUCCGAGGUGCUGCAGGCCGUGCUGCCCAACGGCCGCUCCUUCGACCUCUUCGACGUCGUCGCCAACCUUGUCGGCUCGCUCGCCGCCCUGGGCCUGUGCGCGUGGUACCACAAGCGCAUGCUGGAGAGGAAGCGGCUAAGGAGGUACGCCGCUGUGCCGCGGGGGGAGGGUGUCGGGGAAGGCGAGCAGGAUCUAGAGCUGGGGGAGGGGCCCGGCAUUGCGGGCGGUGGUGCUGGUAGUGCUGCGGACCAUGAGGAGGGCGUCACGGCGGCCAGCAGCAGCGCUGCUGGUGCGCAGCGAUCCACUACGCUGGAAGAAGAGGUUGACAACUGGGACGAGAAUGCCGUUGAUGCCUGGGAGGAUGACGAGACGGGCGACGUCGGCAUCUCCGCGCCUCCAACGGGCAAGGAUGCACAGUUGCACAGCGAGCCCGGCAGCUCGAAGAAGCGCGCGGAUUGAUGGGCAAGGGGUCGGCCGGGGGAGGGGAGGGGUGGAUAAAAUCUAGUGCAACAGCGCGGAAUAUGUACGGAUAACGGUUUGCGA